UUCCCCCGACGGCUCCCCGCGGCCAUGGCGCCUGCCUGGCCCUGGCUGCUUCUGUGGCUGGGGGUCCUGCGCGCCCUCCCGGCCCCGCCGCGCAUCCGGCUGCCGCUGCGGGGCGGCGCGGCCCCGCCGUCGGGGCUCCGGCAGCGCCGGGCGCCGCUGGACACCGAGCCCGACAGCGCCGGCAGCUUCGUGGAGAUGAUCGACAACCUGCGGGGCAAGUCCGGGCAGGGGUACUACGUGGAGAUGACGGUGGGCAGCCCCCCGCAGAAGCUGAAUAUCCUGGUGGACACAGGGAGCAGUAACUUUGCUGUGGGAGCUGCACCACACCCCUUCCUCCGGAGAUACUACCAGCGGCAGCUGUCCAGCACCUACCGCGACCUGCGGAAGGGGGUGUACGUGCCCUACACCCAGGGCAAGUGGGAAGGGGAACUGGGCACUGACCUUGUCACCAUCCCGCACGGCCCCAACGUCACUGUCAGAGCCAACAUUGCUGCCAUCACGGAGUCAGACAAAUUCUUCAUCAACGGCUCCAACUGGGAAGGGAUCCUGGGGCUGGCGUACGCCGAGAUUGCCCGGCCCGACGACAGCCUGGAGCCCUUCUUUGACUCCCUGGUGAAGCAGACGCGGGUGCCCAACAUCUUCUCCCUGCAGCUGUGCGGGACAGGCUUCUCUCCCAACGAGACAGAGGCCGUGGCCUCGGUGGGAGGCAGCAUGAUCAUCGGUGGCAUCGACCGCUCGCUGUACGUGGGUGACAUCUGGUACACCCCCAUCCGCAAGGAGUGGUACUACGAGGUCAUCAUCGUCAAGCUGGAGGUCAACGGGCAGGACCUGAACAUGGACUGCAAAGAGUACAACUAUGACAAGAGCAUCGUGGACAGUGGGACCACCAACCUCAGGCUGCCAAAGAAGGUGUUUGAGGCUGCAGUGAAAUCCAUCAAAACAGCGUCCUCGACGGAGAAGUUCCCAGACGGCUUCUGGCUGGGGGAGCAGCUGGUUUGCUGGCAGGUCGGCACCACCCCCUGGCACAUCUUCCCAGUCCUGUCCCUCUACCUGAUGGGGGAGACCACCAACCAGUCCUUCCGGAUCACCAUCCUGCCCCAGCAAUACCUGCGCCCAGUGGAGGAUGUGGCCACCUCUCAAGAUGACUGCUACAAGUUCGCCAUCUCCCAGUCCUCCACCGGCACCGUCAUGGGCGCCGUGAUCAUGGAGGGCUUCUACGUGGUGUUCGACCGCGCCCGCAAGCGCAUCGGCUUUGCUGUCAGCGCCUGCCACGUGCACGAUGAGUUCCGGACGGCCGCGGUGGACGGGCCCCACCUGCACUCCAACAUGGAGGACUGCGGCUACAACAUCCCGCAGACGGACGAGUCCACGCUGAUGACCAUCGCCUACGUCAUGGCGGCCAUCUGCGCCCUCUUCAUGCUGCCCCUCUGCCUCAUGGUGUUCCAGUGGCGCUGCUUCCGCUGCCUGCGACGGGACCACGACGACUUUGCCGACGACAUCUCCUUGCUGAAGUGACGGCGGAGCGGGCGCAGCCCCGGGGCCGCAGGUGAGGCAGCAGGGCAGGGGCCGUGCUCCGGGGCUGGAGUGUGGCGGCGGCGUGGGCAGCUCAGACCCUGUGCCCGGAGCCUGGGAACUCGGUGUCCGUCAGGGCCAGCAGCCGGGGGAGCCCCAGGCCCGGGCUCCGUUCAUCUGGGACCUGCAGCAAGAGCGUGGCAGCCGGGCAGGGGGAGAGUGCAGCAACCCCGUCCCGGGAGCUGGGGCAGCUUCUCUGCUCCAGCACCAGGACAGGACGGGCUGUCCCAAGCUCUCCCACCCAGCCUUGCCUGGCUUGAUGGAGUGAUGCUGAUGAGCCAUCCCUUGCCUGUCCCCUUCCAUCCCUGUGCAUCCCUUUCCAGCUCGCCCUGCCAGGAAGCUGCCAGCCCAGGCUCUCUUGUAGGGAGCUGCGCUGCAGCCGUGUGUCCCCUGUGACUCCCUGCACUGAGCCAGACUCCGGGGAUCAUCCUGGAGCCAUCCAGCCUCGGGCUUUUCAGAGACAGCCCUGCAGGGCCAGCCUGGGCUGCCCAGACAGGGCUUUCUCUCCUAUCCUGCUGCCCGUACACCACUCGCUCUGACAUUUCCCGUGCAUUUUCCUGCCUUCCCGAGCUGUGCUCCCGCUGCCGCCAGCCCCAGGACUCCCUGCACCCCCCUGGGACAGGCAGGAGCAGGCACCCAUCCUCUCCCUUCUCCACAUGGGAUGGAAAACUCCCUGCCCUCGCUUCCAGCAUCAGCGGCAGCUGCCAAGGAGAAGUCAGUGCCAGGAGUGAAGUUCCCAGCCCUGGCACCGGCUGCUCCCCAGCCCACCCAGCCCUUCGAAAGCCAUAGGGGAGCCUGGGCCCCCCCUGCAGCCCCCCCACCUCACCACCGGCACAUCCCAUGGCACAGCAGCUCCUCUCUGCUCACUGCACACAUCCGGGCCCGGCUGUGGGACACCCUGGCAUCCUGGGGACAGGCGGCAGCUGUGGGAACUGCAGCAUUUAUUGUUUUGUAAACACAUGGUUGUAUUUAUUUCAUUUUUUUUUACAAAGUGUGUCACUGGUAGCGCAGCUGCGCAUUGAGAGCGUGUACGGAGCCGGUCCCACGUGUACAGACCAUGGCUGCCUCUCACCUGUACAAUAUAUCCAUAUAUCUCUAUUUUUAAUUCUAGCUCUGAAAGCCACUGUUCCAACAUUAGGGGUCAGUCCUGUUUUGGGGUUUUUUUUAAUCUUUUUAGCCUUCUGCUCAGUCCUCAGCCGCUGUGGCCACCACCCAGGGCCAGGGCUCAUGCCACAGCUGCAUGUUCGGUGGGAGCACGUGAUGGUGAGGGGGUCCCAGCUGGCUUGAGGAGGGGGAGCAGGGCUGGAGCAUGCAGAGCAGUGACUCACAAGCCCAAAGGACCCUGAGCACAGGAGGCACUUCUGUCCUCGUGGUGUUCCUGCAGCACGGGGAGGAUUUUCCGGUGUGUGAGGACAACCCCUCCUCCCCGUGCUGCAGGAUCAUUGUCCCUUCCCCAGAGCAGACACCUUGCAGGCAGUAGUGCUGUAUUUCCCCGCUUCUCUGCCUCCAGCCUCCAUAGGAAAGUGCUCAAACACGGAGGUUCUACAGUUAAAAGGCAUCACUCCCCCAUGAACAGAGGGGAUACCUGCAGUGCCAGGGCCGAGCUGGCGGCUGCCCUGCAGAGCCACCGGGUCAGGCAGGGAGAGAGCGAGGAGCCACAGCAGUCACCGAGCAUAAAGCUUGUUAACUAAAUCCUGCGGCCAAACGUUUCUUUGGGAAAGCAGCGAGGGAGCCGGGAAACGCAGGCAGCGUAGGCGACCAGCCAGCCCUCGCACGGGGCACCGCCACAACAGCCCCCACACUGCCCCUCCUCACCCCGCCCCAGCCCCGCUCCAACACCGCAUCCAGCCACCCCAUGCAAGAGGGCAACGUUCUCCCCCCACCCUCGUGCCUGCCCAGGACCCCCAGCACCCCAGAGACUCUGUUGUGGACCACUGCCUUAAAACACGCCCCGAGCGUGUGCGUGCGCGUCGGAGGAGCCGGCCUGCGGCGAGUUCAGCGCCCAGGGGUGCUCCCCUGCCCUCCCGGGGCAGAGGGGCCGCCAGCAGCGCCGAAUUCCUGCUGCAGGCUGCAAGGAGGGGGGGGGGGUAAGUUUUUAGAGAGUCAUUGCAAGAUUUUCAGUGGUGCUGAGCACCUCGCAAUCCCACCGAAAUCCAUGGAGAAAGAAAGGGUUGGUGUGUCAGCCCGUGCUUUAGGAGAAAGCACAGGAGAGGGGGACGCAGGAACUCUCACAGGUUGGUUUAUCCUGAGCUGCAGCGCAGCCGCGUCCGUCCGCUCCCUCCCCAGGGCCCGGUGACAGCAGGGGACGGGAUGGGAUGGGACCAUGGGCUGUCGCUGGAGGCUCCAGUACUCUGUAACCCAGUGUCUAUGUAAGAACAAUGAAUGUUAACACGGUAAAUUAUUAUGACAUUAAAAAAAUGACCACAAAAAAUUGGCUCUUUAUCUGCAACCUGUUCAUUGGCAAGAGGGGAAAAACCAGGCAUAGAAAAACCAGGAUGACUGGCAGGGGCAUGGGGGUGGUGAGGCAUCCAGUCAUGAGCAAUGGCCCUAGAGAAAAGCAGCUGGUGGGAUCCAAGUGGGAAGAGGUGGCUGAGGCAGAUCCCAGCAAGCAGGGAACACACUGACCCUCAUUUGGAAGAAGCCAACAAGGCUGUGGAUAAAGAAAUGAGGAGCAGCAGCAAAUCACUGCAUAAUAUACACACUUUAUUUAUGAAUUUGUAUGUAUACAGACUUUCUAUACACACAUUACCUAUAUAAUAAAAAUGUACAUGUGUAUACAUGAUCGUAUAAAUAUAGAACUGUAGAAAUCUUA